AUGUUAGAGUUCUUAUGGGGCGUCGUUGUUGGCGCAGUUUUAAUACUUUUCGUCAUUUAUGUGUUGCUAUUCAAUCCUUUUGGUGAAAUUUCUCCACAUGGUGUAUUUGUUGACCAGUUUCAGCCACUUCGCAUUCCUGAGGAACUAAGGCAGUUUCUGAAGGAAGGAGAUAAUGAAGGCCGAGUUUUUCAGUGGGAAUCAUGUUUCAAUCUGAGUCUUAUUCUUCAUUUUCUGUUUCAAGAACACAAAGAUACUCGUCGAUUACGGAGAUGGAUCCACAAAAAGAUGCAGUUGGAACUUAGUGAUCUAACCACUCGAAAUACUGCUGGCCGUCUCAUACAGGACAUUCGUAUUAGAGACCUAUCGAUUGGCUCCCAAUCUCCAGUGAUCAAAUCAAUACGUGUGGAGGACUAUGAGCUCCUACAAGAUGAGAAUUUCAAAACACUAAAACUGCUUGUUGAUAUAGAUUACAGCGGAGGUUUUCAAUGUUCUGUUGAUGUUAUUAUGCUGUUUGGGCGAUUUACACAGCUGUCGAUUAAGCUUACUCGUCUUUCUGGCAAAAUCCGAUUGAAACUGACUCGCGAGCCUUUUACUCAUUGGGUCUUUGCAUUCGUUGAUAUGCCGACGCUUGAAUUCCAAAUUGACUCACAGUGGCAAGGCAAACAAGUGAAACAUCUUAUACCUUUCAUAACACAGAAAUUUAGACGUAUGAUUCAACGCAAGCAUGUCUGGCCAAACUACAAGAUUCGAUAUCGUCCUCUCUUUCCUAAUCCCUUAUAUCAACCUUCCCCAUCUAUAAGUGCUUUCGAGUAUAUUAAAACAACGGGUUUAUUGGAAGUUACGGUUUUACGAUGUACGAGAUUGAAUACUGCAUUGGUCAGCGAUGAAAACUCCGAGGUCUUUUGUGUUGUAUCUGUAGAUCGUCGACCGAUAAUGCAGGAUGCAGGCAGAAAUUCAACACGAUGCAUCACCGUAUUAUUAAAUUUUAGUCGGCACAGUAUCAGUGAAUCAAUUGGAUUGACAUUUUCCAAACUCAUUUCCAACGCAGGAGUUAGAUCCGUGCAAGUUUCAACUGUGGAAAGCUUUUCUUCUGCUGAAAGAUGUGGUUUUAAAGCAGGUGAUGUGGUCCUUGCUGUAAAUAACGUUCCUAUUACGAGUGAACGUCAGCUGAACAAGCUACUUUCCGGUACUUCGAGUGAACUAAAUGUUCUAGUUGAUCGAAUGAUUUAUGAAAAAGGCAACACGUCACUCAGUACGUUAAAUAAUGACGGAGAUGACUCAGCUUCUCUUGGUGAUUUCGACGAGAUCAGUGUCUCUGAAAUCUUUGAAAAUGUGGAAAAUAGAAGUAGGCAAGUGAAAGUGUUAGAGAAAGAUAGCCGGCGACGUAGUCGGAGUGCAACAGCAGUCAGCUCAAAUAUAACUUCAAACGACUUUGCAGUCAACGUUUUAAAAAUUAAGAGAAUGUUCGCUUUAUACACAGAUGGCAAGUUUGUCGACUUUUCUAAAGUAUCGAAACCUUCUGAUCUGAUGAAGAUGGCAGAGACUGAAACUGACCGUGACUGUGUUGUAAGGAAACGUGCCCGUUUUAGGCGUGCAAGAUCUGAAGCUGAAAUAACAGAAACUGAUUAUCCUGACAGAGAAAAGCUGAAGCCAUUAUCCACCUCCAGUCUUGAAAACUUGUCUUACUAUGCACAUAAGGGUGCUAAAACAACGCUGGCGAAUAUGACGGAAGAUUGCGUUAUGAUAAGCAAAGAGAAAGAUGGUAGUGUUGGCAGUUUGAAUGCUGAUAUUUCUGCUGAAAAUAGCGCAAAAGAUUUUCAGCGAAGUCCUUCUCGACGAAAACGAUUUCAGGCUCGCGUAGCAGAAAUGGCGGCAGCAGGGAAAGCUAGAAUGUCUGACUUUUGGUAUCGACAUAAGGAUGGUGGUUCUGGUGCUGAAGGUGUAGUGGAUGAUGCAUUAUUAUCACAGCAUGGUAUUGGCAUGAUGCUUCCACGUACUUCACCGCCCAUAUCAGGUUUAGAGAGGAGAAAAAGAAGUCCUCUCCUUAAAAAAAAAAGGUCAAUUCCCACGCAAAAUAACGGACGUGGUGAUGCUUGUGAUUUUGGAGGAACUCCAAAAACACUAACUACAAAAUCACUUGAGACGAGCGAAGAUGUCCUUUGGAACCAGUCUCUGCAUUUUGAACUCAAUGAGGAUACCUGCAAAUAUUUAAACGUGAUUGUGCGAGCAAAACCAUUGACUAUUAAAACAACAAAUGUCACCAUUUCACAAGACAGUCAAGUUGAAAAGGACAGUUCUCAAAUGCUGGGAUAUGCAAGUAUUUACAUACCGCAGGUAUUAGACGACUGUCAGUUAACUCUGUCCAAUAGUCAUCAAGAAUUGUUCAUUUUGCAACCGCCACUUUGGACUGCAGCAAGACGGCCAUUAACACGAAAAGCUGCUGAAGAAAGUCGUCGAGCUGGUUUUGAUGAGCGCCUCUGUUAUGGGGACAUUGUCCUGGGCUUUCGUUAUUUCCCUUCAGGCCUUCCAGCAGAUGUUCAGAACAGAUCGAAUGUGGAGAACGCUGGAUGUGUCACACAAACUAGUAGAAGGGAUAGUUCUGAAACAUCAUCGGAAACUAGGCACAAUUUCGAAACAAUAUUGUUGAGAGGUACAACUAUCUGUUCAGUUUGUCAAGGAAAAGUUUGGCUAAAAAUGGCUUCGCACUGUACAGGCUGUUUGCUAAUAUGUCAUAACAAAUGCUUACCUAAGGUUGAGACUUCCUGUUCUCAGCAUCCUCCCAUCGACGAUUCAGUAUAUGAGUACAUGCUUUUAUUAAAAUAUUUGAUAGAAUCUGAAGAGCGACUACUGUCUCGGCGUCGUCGUAUUGCAGUUAAAGUAUCUGAAAGGCUUAGUUCUACAUGGAAAAGUGUCGGACGUAAGAGAGCAUCUUUUCAUCCAUUAAAGGAAACGGAUGGAACGAUUGAGCAGAAAAUCCCAAUUAUUCAAAUCGGGACCGAUGAGGUAGUACCAGUUGAGAGAGCAAUACCGGACGUCUUUUCGAUGUUGAAACUUUCGGAAAAUUUAUAUCAAAUGAUGUACCAGCCAGGUAAUGCAUAUAAUGAACAGAUCAUAAAUGCUGCUAAGGUAGCUGGUAAACACAUGUUCUCUAAUCUGGACCCUAUCAAAAGGAAAGCGAAAAUAAAUGAAGAUAUGGAAAAAAUUCGAAGUAUUAUCCACCAGACAACUAUUGAACGCUUGAAUGUAAUGAAAAAUAUGAAAGACAUCCAAAGCUCUGGUUCUCUCAAUUUUGCAGUGUUGGAGGACAGGCUGCAAGCCCUUGCGGUCCUCAUGCUACAUUACUGUGCAGCUUUACAGAAUUGUAUUGAUCUAGAAGAGAGCUGUGAGUGUCAGUAUCAAAGUAAAGAUAUAAUCGUUGCUGCACAAGAUAGUCGAAACACCAAUUCUAUCCCCAGAAGUGAGGAAUCAGGAGGCGUUUCCGGCGAAUUUGUCGCUGAUUCCUGUAGUAAAUUCUAG